ACUCACGCCGCAUGACGCCCUCAUCCUCGCCGCAGAAAAGACCCCAGGUCAACAAGCAGAGUUGGGACUAUAUCCUGCGCAGCGGUUUGGCUGGUGGUAUAGCCGGAUGCGCCACGGUAGUGGGCCCGCUGGACCGCGUCAAGAUCCUCUUCCAGGCUUCCNNAAGUCCUCAAUAUGCAAAGUACACGGGUUCAUGGUUUGGCUUCUUCCGAGCCAUGCGCGACAUUCAAACCAACGAGGGCACGCGAGGCCUCUUUCGCGGCCAUUCUGCAACCUUGCUCCGUAUCUUCCCCUACGCCGGUAUCAAGUUCCUCGCCUAUGAGCAGAUCCGCGCCGCCAUCAUCCCGACAAAAGACAAAGAGACGCCCAUACGCCGACUUCUAAGUGGCAGCUUGGCCGGCACUAUCUCCGUCUGCUUCACCUACCCGCUCGAAGUUAUCCGUGUGCGACUGGCUUUUGAGACAAAAACACACCACAAGACUAGUCUAAGAGAAAUCUGCAAAACAAUCUACCACGAACACCCACCACCCGUCGGCUCAGCCACCCAGCAUGUAGACACGUCCUCGAUUACGCGUGCCGCUACCUCGUCAAUAUCCGCUACCUCUGCUGCCUUGACCAAGGCAACUCCUGCCUCGGGCAUGGUCAAUUUCUUCAGAGGCUUCACACCCACCCUCUGGGGCAUGCUCCCAUAUGCCGGCUGCUCCUUCCUCACUCAUGACACAGCCGGCGACCUGAUGCGACAUCCACGCAUAGCAAAGUACACUACACUUCCCGCAUCCGAGUCAUCUACAAAGCGCGAUCCCAACAAGCCUGUGCCGCUAAAAUACUGGGCCGAGCUCGCAACUGGUGGAUUUGCUGGUUUCGUAUCGCAAACCGUCUCAUACCCACUAGAAGUCAUACGAAGACGCAUGCAAGUAGGUGGUGUGGUUGGUGAUGGCCACCGUCUGGGCAUGAUGGAAGUCGCUGGACGCAUCUACCGCGACACUGGCUUCAAGGGCUUCUUUGUAGGUCUAGGUGUCGGUUACAUCAAAGUCAUUCCCAUGGUCGCCACCAGUUUCUUUGCCUAUGAGAGGGCCAAGCUAGCACUUGGCAUU